GGCUGAACCGGAAGUGUGCGGUGGUGUCAGAAAAGGACGGGAGAGAGCAGGCUGAAGCUAAAGAUGCUGACCAAUAUCUCCAAUGUGCUCAGAGCCUGCGCCCAGAGGCAUGGCGCUGCGGCGGUCAUGUCAGCCCGCACCUACUCUGACUUCACCACUGAAGCAACAUUUGAAAUUAAGAAGUGUGACACAUUUAAGUUGGACGAGGCUCCUGCCACUCAGGUGGUGAUGACUCGAGAUGAGGGGCUGCAGUAUUAUCGCAUCAUGCAGACCAUGAGGCGCAUGGAGCUGAAAGCCGAUCAGCUGUACAAGCAGAAGAUCAUCAGAGGCUUCUGUCACUUAUAUGAUGGCCAGGAGGCCUGUGCAGUUGGUAUUGAAGCAGCCAUUAAUUUGUCUGACCACCUGAUUACUGCAUAUCGGGCCCAUGGUUACACCUAUACUCGAGGGGGAACUGUGAAGGAGAUCAUGGCUGAGCUCACUGGGAGAAGGGGAGGUAUAGCAAAGGGAAAAGGGGGUUCUAUGCACAUGUACACCAAACAUUUCUAUGGAGGAAAUGGAAUUGUUGGUGCUCAGGUUCCUUUGGGAGCAGGUGUGGCUUUGGCCUGCAAGUAUCAGGGCAAGAAUGAGCUGUGUGUCUGUCUCUAUGGUGAUGGAGCUGCUAACCAGGGUCAGAUUUUUGAAACCUACAACAUGGCUGCUCUUUGGAAACUUCCUGUCAUUUUUAUCUGUGAGAACAACAGAUAUGGUAUGGGAACAUCAGUAGAGCGUGCGGCUGCCAGCACAGACUACUAUAAGAGAGGAGAGUUCAUUCCUGGUCUCAGGAUUGAUGGUAUGGACGUCCUGUGUGUUCGGGAAGCAACACGAUUUGCAGCUGAUCACUGUCGAUCUGGAAAGGGUCCUAUACUUAUGGAGCUACAGACGUACCGCUACCAUGGACACAGCAUGAGUGAUCCUGGUGUGAGUUAUCGCACACGUGAGGAGAUCCAGGAAGUCCGCAGCAAGAGUGACCCUAUUUCUCUGCUGAAGGAUCGUAUGCUGAGCAAUAAUAUGGCUAGUGUAGAAGAGCUUAAGGAAAUAGACAUAGAAGUUAGAAAAGAAAUUGAAGAUGCUUCACAGUUUGCUACCACAGAUCCAGAACCGCCACUGGAAGAGCUGUGCAAUCACAUCUAUUCCAACAACCCAGCAAUCGAGGUGCGUGGAACCAACCCCUGGUCCAAGCUUAAAUCUGUCAGCUAAAAUGUUUGUUUCAUGUUACUUUUAUUGAGUCUUUGUAAUGAGGCCCCAGCUGUACAUUCGCACAAAUAUACUAUUGUAAUAUCUUGUGCCUAUCGCCUGGCACUUAACCAUCAGCAAGUCUUAUUUGUCUUUAUUAUAUCAAGCUUCAUAAGUGGAACACCCCUAAAAGUCAUGGCAUCUAACACAUUUUAUUCU